AUGCCCGAUUAUGCCUCCCAACAAUUAGUUAAUCGAGUUGAAAACGCAAAUCUUGUGAGAUAUACCCUGGCUUAUCGCAUACAUGGUCACAGAAGUGCCUUUCUUGAUCCCUUGGGAAUAAUGGAUAGAGCGGAAAUUACUGCUAUUGAUGCAAAUCGGUACGGCCUCUCUGAUCCUCAUAAAAUUUACAACUUGGAUGGCAUAAUUCAUGUAAAUGAAUCCGAAUCGUCCUUCGAAUCAAAGCGAGAGGCGACUCUCGAGGAGAUUACAACUCAUCUUAAGAAUGUAUAUUGUGGCAGAGUGGCUUAUGAGUUUAUGCAUGUUCCAGACGCAAGUGAAAGAAGAUGGUUCGCACAUAUGGUUGAAUCGCAGACCACAAAACCAUUAGCAACUGAACAGAAGAGGAGAAUAUUUGAACUUCUUACCCGCUCCGAGGUAUUCGAUCAAUUUAUGGCUAAAAAGUUUCCUCAGAUCAAAAGAUAUGGACUGGAAGGCGCUGAAUCAAUGAUGGUUGCUCUUGACAAACUAUUUGAAGUUUCAAACAAGACUGGCAUAAUAAACGCUGUAUUGUGCAUGCCGCACCGUGGUCGUUUAAAUCUGCUAACGGAUUUACUCAAGUUCUCGACUGUUAAGCUAUUUCACAAGGUGAGAGGCAACGCUGAAUUUCCUGAAGACUCUCCUGCCACUGGAGAUGUGUUGUCACACCUGGCCUCAUCGCCAACACUGAUCUAUGGAGCAGCAAAACCCUUAGACGUAACCAUGCUUCAUAAUCCAUCGCAUCUUGAAGCAGUUAAUCCCGUUGCCAUGGGUAAAGCACGUGCCAAGCAACUAGAUCUUAUGAAAUCAGAGAGUAAUUGCGAGCUUGGUGAUCGUGUCAUCUGCAUUCAACUUCAUGGAGAUGCCGCAUUUACGGGUCAAGGCAUCGUUAUGGAAAGUUUUGGCUUGUCCAAUCUACCACAUUUUUCUUCCGGCGGAUCAAUUCAUAUAGUAGUGAAUAAUCAGCUCGGCUAUACAACGCCUGCCCAGAAUGCUAGAAGCAGUUUUUAUUGUUCAGACAUUGGCAAAAUUAUUAAUGCUCCCGUCAUGCAUGUUAACGGUGAUUUCCCUGAAGAUAUUACUCAUGCUAUGGAAGUUGCAUUUGAGUAUCGAAAUAAAUUUAGAAAGGAUAUUAUUAUAGACUUGAUUACGUAUCGCAGAUGGGGUCAUAAUGAACUUGACGAACCAGCAUUUACACAGCCGUUGAUGUACAAGAUCAUACGUUCCCGAAAAAGUGUUCCAAAGCUCUAUGAGGAAAAUUUAUUGACCAGCAAUAUUUUAACAUCAGAAGAGAUAGCAGCAUUUCGUGAGAAUUACUUCAAUUACUUGGAAACUCAACUCAGAGCAGCGGAGGAUUAUAAAACAGACGCUGACACGAUAAAGAAGAAAUGGUCCGCGAUGGUUAUACCUAGUGACAACACAUCACAGAUAGAUACUGGUGUUCAGAAAAGUAUACUCGAGAAAGUGGGAAGAACAUCUGUUACUCCUGAGAACAUUGUUAUCCAUCCUCGAUUACAAAAAUAUCAUAUUGACGCUCGUUUAAGCAAAAUAUCUGAAGGAAAGAGAAUUGAUUGGGCAACUGCUGAAGCGCUUGCUUUAGGAUCUCUUCUGCUCGAGGGUCAUAAUGUGAGAUUAUGUGGGCAGGAUGUAGGACGUGGGACAUUCAGCCAAAGGCACGCUAUGCUAGUUUGUCAAGAUACGGAAAAAGUUGCCAUCCCGCUCAACUCAUUGGCAGAGGAUCAAGGAAUGCUUGAAGUCACGAAUAGCAAUCUUAGUGAAUUGGCCGUUGUUGGCUUCGAAUAUGGCAUGUCUAUAGAAUCUCCCAACAAUCUCAACAUCUGGGAAGCCCAGUUUGGAGACUUUUUUAACGGGGCUCAAGUAAUAAUAGACACCUACAUUUCCAGUGGAGAAGUAAAAUGGUUGAGACAAUCUGGGUUGGUUCUGCUGCUUCCCCACGGAUAUGAUGGCGCUGGACCGGAGCAUUCAAGUUGUCGCAUCGAGCGGUGGUUGCAAUUGUCGAACGAUAGAUUCGAUGUGCUCAAUGAAAAGAUACCCGUUAAUCUUAAUAUGCAUAUCGUCAAUCCCACAACACCCGCUCAAUACUUCCAUGCUUUGAGAAGACAGCUUAAGCGCAACUAUAGAAAACCAUUGAUCGUUGUGGCUCCGAAAACGCUUUUAAGACUGCCUGCUGCUGCAUCUGACCUCAAUGAUAUGACACCAGGAACAAGCUUUCGGCCAAUUCUCGGAGACACCGCCAUCACUAAUAAGCAGAGCAUUGAAAAGAUUGUGUUCGUAUCUGGAAAGUUCUAUUAUGAUCUAUUUAAAGAAAGACAGGCAAAAAAAUUGGAAGAUAGGAUUGCAAUUGUGAGAAUAGAGGAACUUACUCCCUUCCCAAAGGAAGAUAUUGUUAAUGAAAUGAAAACAUACUCCAACGCGAAUGAUUUCAUUUGGUGUCAAGAGGAACCAUUAAAUAAUGGAGCAUAUACUUUCAUGGCUCCGAGAUUAACACAAAUUUUGCCAUUUGGAUCUAAGCUCAAAUAUGUUGGGAGACCAGUUAGUGCUGCUCCUGCUGUCGGUGUUGCCAAAUGGCAUCACAAAGAGCAUGCUGCAAUAUUGCGAGAUGUGUUUGCUUGA